GGAGCUUUUUUAGGGCCAGCGUCCCGGCGGAAGCGUGGGAGGCCAGUUCCCGGCGACACCUCCGCACGCAGCAGCGGUGCCUGCUGGUGCCAUUGGCUGCCCCCUGCCCGGGGCUGGCACCGGGCAGCGGUUAAAUGCCCAUGCAGCCACUCCAGGGCACACAGCUUGGGGCAUUUCCACACAGGCAGCCAGCUAGCCCCAUCCCCAGCACCGGAGGAGACGCCAGAUCGCAUCACACCUCAAGCCGCAGGGACCACAACCAACAUGAGGGCUGCGUUCCUGGUGCUGCUCCUCUGGGCCGUAGCCCACAGUCACCCUGUGCCUGCCCACCAGCCCGCCCGCCCCCGCCGCAGCGCCCAGCAGGAGGACACAGCAAGCAAAGAUGACAUCAACAAGCUGGGCAACCUCCUGGGUGGUGGAGACGGCAGACAUCCUUCUGCCAGUGCAGAGAAGGGGGACAAUACCCUUACUGGGGACCCAGCGGGUGGAAACGCCGUGGGUGAGGAGCUGGGUCAGCACGGUGGCCGAGACCAGGGAGGCAGAGUUGGGCAGGCUCAAGACCUGAACUGGGUGGACCACGAGGACGCAAGCCUGGGGAACAGCCUUGGUUUCCUGGAGGAGGAUGCACGGGAUGCUGAUGAUGAUGACAACAGAGAGCGCCACGGCACUGGGGUUAACGGGCUUCCCUCCCACGCUGGUGGGCUUCUGGACGAGGAGGAUGACAGUGGGGAUGACACCUUCGAUGAGAAUGGGGAAGAGGAGGGGGGCGAAGGUCCUACUUAUGUGGCUGGUGCUGAUGGGGCAGGCGAACACGGCGGCGAUGCUGGCCGAGAGGAUACUGGAGCUGGCAGAAGGCACGGCGACAGCAGCAGCAGCAGCAGCAGCGAGAGCAUCGGGGCGGACCACCGGCGGUACAGGAACUACCUCGGCAGCCGGUAUGAGCGGACCUACGGGCAGAGAGGCAGCAGCAGCAGCAGCCAGGAGGAGGAGAGCUACGACUUUGAGGAUGAAGCCAUGCAGGGAGAUGAUCCCUCCGUCUUUGACGGUCCGGGCAGCAGCUACAAGGGGCGCCGUGCUGGCCCCCGCGCCCCGGGCAGCAGCCGAGAGAGUGGCCGAGGGGCUGACUCACACCACUGGGAUGAGGGUGACAGCGAGUCCCCCGAGGUGGAGGACACCGACUCAGGAGAAGACAGCCCAUCCACGGAGGACAACAGUCAGUCGGAAGAGUCUGUCGCCAGCCAGUCAGAGGAAAACAGCACCAGCCGCUCUGGAGAGGACAGGGAUGGGGAGGACAGCCCCUCCAGAGAGGAUGAGGACAGCAAGUCCAGCGAGGGCACCGCCGAGCAGUCUGACGAAGAGCUGGGGGAGUCCCCGGAGGACAUGUCCCAGGAGGCGGUGAGCACAUCGAGCGAGCGCAGCGGCAGCCAGUCCCGGGAAGGACAGAAGGAGGAUCAGGAGUCUGCUGAAGACAAGAGUGCACUGUCCAUGCCUGACAGUGAGUCCGGGGAAGAUGAGGGGGACCAGAGCAAGUCCGGGGAAGAUGAUGGUGAGCAGAGCCAGUCCACAGAGGACACCGUAGAGGAGUCAAAGGAGGACAAGAAUGACUCCAACCCCGAUGAAGACACUCAGAGCACAUCAGCUGAGAGCCAGAACGCAUCCCCGGAGGAUGACGGCAGCCAGGAGGACAGUGCAGGCGAGGACAGCAGCUCCACAGAGAGCAACAACAGCAAGUCCCAGGAGGAUGAUGAUGAUGACAAUGAGGAGAGCCGCUCCCAGGAGGACGCCACCCGAGAGUCCAGCAGCCAUGGGGACGACAGUUCUCCCCAGGGCCUGGAGAGCCGCAAACGGCGGCCGGGUGCCUACCACAACAAGCCUGCUUCUGACUACGAUGAUAACGACUGCCAGGACGGGUACUGAUCUGUGCCCCAAAGCCUCAUCGGUGCUGGGGGGUAUGGGGGGGAGGAGGGGGUUAAUUUAUUUGCUAUAUAGCCUGGUUGAUUUGUUCCUGAGAAGAUGCUGUGGAUAAAAUGGAGGUGAGUUCAUCAGGGAUUGACCUGGGCAUGCUACACAGGGUGCAAAGCGGGAGGUGAUGCCAGACACAGGGAAAAGGCCAAACCACAGGGAGAAAAGCCAUUUCCUAUGCCAAACCGGCAAGCAGCUGAAAGCUGUGAGUGCUGCAGGGUGAUGCUGCCCACUUGCCACAGGGGCACACUGCACUCCGGGAGCUGCAUCAGGGCAUGCUGGGGAGAAAGGUCCCUGCCUUCACCGCUUGUAUUUACCUGCCACUGCCCUAAAAGCCUCUGCCCAGACUCCAGACGGAGCUUUCUGUUAGCUCCACGUCCUGCACAUAAGGAGGAAAGGCUACAGCUUUACGUGGUGUGUGGGCUCAGCGGUGUGUGAAGUACCACUUCAGGAUGGGAUGUAUGUAAUAUUUUGUAAGAAAUGUACAGAAAACAUUAUAUUGUAUCCUUUUUGCACUUGUAUUUCAAAGCUGAAAUGUACCCUGUUCAUUUCUUUAAUUACCAUUAAAACCAUCAAACUCCA